UCUCGCUCCCCCUCGAGCUCCCGGCUGCCCGCGGCUCCGUCGCGCUCUCCCUUUCUCUUCGGUAGGCUCCACCAAGCGAUGCGAGCUCUGGGAAACAGCGACGCCGUCUCCCGCUAGAGACCUGCCCCCCGGCCCGGCCCCUUGCCCAGCCCUGCCCAGCGCGCGGGGGUCGGCGAAGGCGCCGCGGACGCACCGACGGCUGAGGAACAGCGAUGCAAAUACACUAGCAGCACCCCCUAACUCCCUCCACACCCCGCGCCGCCUCCUCCUCCGGCAGCAGCGGCAGAAGGACCCACCCUGACCCCCACCCCACCCUCCACCGGCUCCGGCUGCGAUUCCUGCCUCGACUAUUAUUUUAUUUAUUUUGGGUCGUGCACAAGCCUCAGUGCCUGCAGCCCGCGCCUCCUCGGACCGCGGGCGCCUCCUCCCUCGGCUCCGGAACCCCAGACCCCGGCCACCCUCGCCUCGACACCCCCAGAGCCCCGCCAGCUGCCGCGAGUCUCCGCGGCUGGAAUCUUGUUAGAGGCUGUCUUUUUGGGGGGUGCUGGUUUCCCGACAUUUUUGUUUUCAGCCAAGGGGAGGCUAUCGUGAUUUUUUCCCCUUUGAGCCCAGGCUCUGCUUUCUGGGGGGGUGGGGGGCGCGCCGAGCCGGGGAGCCGUGCCAGCCGAGUCGUGCGGGCUGUGGCAGGGAAGGGGCCACCAUGGGAUGUACUCUGAGCGCAGAGGAGCGAGCCGCCCUCGAGCGGAGCAAGGCGAUUGAGAAAAACCUCAAAGAGGAUGGCAUCAGCGCCGCCAAAGACGUGAAAUUACUCCUGCUGGGGGCUGGAGAAUCUGGAAAAAGCACCAUUGUGAAGCAGAUGAAGAUCAUCCACGAAGAUGGCUUCUCUGGAGAAGACGUGAAACAGUACAAGCCCGUUGUCUACAGCAACACCAUCCAGUCCCUGGCAGCCAUCGUCCGGGCCAUGGACACUUUGGGCAUCGAAUACGGUGACAAGGAGAGAAAGGCCGAUGCCAAGAUGGUGUGUGACGUGGUGAGUCGAAUGGAAGACACGGAGCCCUUCUCUCCAGAGCUGCUCUCCGCCAUGAUACGACUCUGGGGCGACUCAGGGAUCCAGGAGUGCUUCAACAGGUCCCGGGAGUAUCAGCUCAAUGACUCCGCCAAAUACUACCUGGACAGCCUGGAUCGGAUCGGGGCUGCCGACUACCAGCCCACCGAGCAGGACAUCCUCCGAACCAGGGUCAAAACCACUGGCAUCGUAGAAACCCACUUCACAUUCAAGAACCUCCACUUCAGGCUGUUCGACGUCGGGGGCCAACGAUCUGAACGCAAGAAGUGGAUUCACUGCUUCGAGGACGUCACGGCCAUCAUCUUCUGCGUCGCACUCAGCGGCUAUGACCAGGUGCUCCACGAAGACGAGACCACGAACCGCAUGCACGAAUCACUGAAGCUCUUCGACAGCAUCUGCAACAACAAGUGGUUCACGGACACGUCCAUCAUCCUGUUUCUUAACAAGAAGGACAUAUUCGAAGAGAAGAUCAAGAAGUCCCCGCUAACCAUCUGCUUUCCUGAGUACACAGGCCCCAGCACCUUCACGGAAGCCGUGGCUUACAUACAGGCACAGUACGAGAGCAAGAACAAGUCGGCCCACAAGGAGAUCUACACCCACAUCACCUGUGCCACUGACACCAACAACAUCCAGUUUGUCUUUGACGCCGUGACGGACGUCAUCAUCGCCAAAAACCUUCGGGGCUGUGGCCUCUACUGAGCCCUGGCCUCGCCACCCAGCUGCCCACCACCCUGCCCAGCCUGCCACCCCACCCCUGCCCUGGACAAGGGGGCACCGGCAGCUGGCACCGAGCCGGGAAGAGGAGGCGCCCUCCACGGCCUCCCCCACCCCAGACACCAGAACACGUGGUAACGGGGCUGGCGGGGGCGCUGAGUGCCCACACCUGCCGAGACAGCCCGCUGGCCUCUGCGCCAUCGCUGGGUAGUCUCCCCGGGGGAGAGGCGUACGGGGGCCACGCCGCCAUCUGGGCCAGGAUGGGCGUGCUCUACAUGCAGUGGUUCACGCUUGAGGUCCCAGGGUCCCCUCCUGUCUCCGAAGCUGUGCAGGUGGUGGGGCGGCGUGCUGGCCGGAGGGGGCGCAGUGGGAGCCGCUGCUCAGCUUCUCUUGGGGUCUCUGGUUGAGGGCAGCUCCGUCACCAAAGG